AUGCAAUCCAGCUUGUUGAUCAGCGUUCUCAUUGUCUGCAGCGGUGUCAUCGCUGUACCUACCUCCCGAGGCAGCGACUACGCUGCUCACGAAUCUUACGGAGAAUCUGAGUCUUACGCGCCAGCCCGUCAGUCGUACGCACCAGCCCACGAGUCGUACGCGCCAGCCCAUGAGUCGUACGCGCCAACCCAUGCGUCGUACUCCGCACCACCCAAGCCAGCACCAGCUCAACACCCAUCGUACACAGAGAAGCCUGCCCAGCCCCGACCUGCCCCUCAACACCCUUCUGGCACCGUCCAAUCCCCUACAUUCCACGCCCCUGGACCCGUCCGUCUCCCAUCUGGCCCAGCUGUUGGAGGUUUCGGAAAUGGUGGUGGCAUGAUCCCUGGAAUUGGUCUCGGAGGUCUAGGAUUCGGAGCUAACGCCGAUGUUAAUGUUGGAGGAGGCCUCGGUGCAGGAAUUGGAGGUAUCUUCUCGGGCAGUACAGAUCUCGCCUCGGGCAUCAGCGGCAACGUCAUGGGCAACGUCGGUGUCGGCCUCGGCGGUCUCGCAGGAGCCGGUAUCAAUGCAGGCGCCCAUGCGGGAGUCGGUGUUGGUGCUGGAGCCCGCGUUGGAGCCGGUGUCCACGCCGGUGCGAACGUAGGAGCUGGUGCUCGUGUUGGAGCCGGUGUAAACGCCGGUGCGAACGUAGAUGUCGGGGCUCGUGUUGGAGCCGGUGUCAACGCCGGUGCCAACGUAGGAGCUGGCGUCGUGGGUCCCAUUGGAGUCGGAGUUGGCGCUAAUGUCGAUGCAAAUGUUGGUGUGGCCCCUAUUGGCGCCGGAGCCCACGUUGGAGCUGGAGUCAAUGUUGCUAGCCCCGUUGGUCCCAUCUACGCUGGUGCAAACGUUGGCGCUGGAGUAGCUGUAUAA